GCGUUUCCUCGCACCGGCGUGCGAAAGAAAUAGCACGUCUGUUUCAAGACCGCCCCGCGACCCAACAACACAAACACCGAACCGAGCGCCACACCACACCACCUCGCCGCGAGUCGCUCAGUUGCAGCAGGGGGCCACGGAGCGGGCGAGCGUUGGUUCCGGCUGCCUUGCCCUGGUCCGAUCCAGGGAGACGGAUCUGUCCCCCUGUGCGGCCGCGCGGGGAGGCGGGCGUUGUAUGCGGCGCCGCGGAGGGGCAAAUGCGGGUACACUCGCUGGCGGAGGAGCGGUGAGCGAUGCAGGCGGAGCAGCAGCAGCAGCGGAGGAAGGGUUCAUCAGAGAUGGAAUUCUUCAGUGAAUAUGGUGAUGCUAAUAGAUACAAAAUCCAAGAAGUCAUUGGCAAAGGAAGUUAUGGUGUUGUUUGCUCAGCUAUUGACCAACAUACCGGUGACAAGGUGGCAAUCAAGAAAAUACACAAUAUCUUUGAACACUUAUCUGAUGCUGCCCGGAUCCUCCGUGAGAUCAAAUUACUUCGGUUAUUACGGCAUCCUGAUAUAGUUGAGAUCAAGCAUAUAAUGUUACCUCCAUCAAGGAGGGACUUCAAAGAUAUCUAUGUUGUGUUUGAGCUAAUGGAUACAGACCUCCACCAGGUCAUCAAGGCUAAUGAUGAUUUAACCAAAGAGCAUCAUCAGUUCUUUCUCUAUCAGAUGCUUCGUGCACUGAAAUAUAUUCAUACUGCAAAUGUUUAUCAUCGUGAUUUGAAGCCAAAGAAUAUAUUGGCCAAUGCUAACUGUAAACUUAAAAUAUGUGAUUUUGGAUUGGCAAGAGUGGCAUUCAGUGACACUCCUACAACAGUAUUCUGGACGGAUUAUGUUGCUACAAGAUGGUAUAGGGCUCCUGAGCUGUGCGGAUCUUUCUUUUCUAAGUAUUCACCAGCUAUUGACAUAUGGAGUAUUGGUUGCAUUUUUGCGGAGAUCUUAACAGGGAAGCCUUUGUUUCCUGGAAAAAAUGUGGUCCACCAGUUAGAUUUGAUGACUGAUCUCUUGGGUACUCCAUCGCUUGAUACAGUUUCCAGGAUUCGGAAUGAGAAGGCAAGGAGGUACUUGAGUAGCAUGAGGAAAAAACAACCAGUACCAUUUUCUGAGAGGUUCCCUAAAGCAGAUCCUGCUGCACUUAAACUUCUGCAGAAGCUUUUAGCAUUUGACCCCAAGGAUAGGCCAACUGCUGAAGAGGCGUUGGCUGAUCCAUAUUUUAAAGGACUCGCGAAAGUAGAGAGAGAACCAUCAUGCCAGCCAAUAACGAAAAUGGAGUUCGAGUUUGAACGAAGAAAGGUGACCAAAGAGGACGUCAAGGAACUUAUAUUCCAUGAGAUAUUGGAGUAUCAUCCUCAACUUCUCGAGGAUUACAUGAACGGAACUGAAAAAACAAACUUUCUGUAUCCUAGUGCUGUUGACAAUUUCCGGAGGCAAUUUGCUAUGUUGGAGGAAAAUGGAGGAAAGAGUGGGGCACUCAUCCCAUCAUCAGACAGGAAGCACAUUUCACUCCCAAGGACUACUACAGUUCAUUCUAAUCCGAUUCCUCCAAACGUAACUUCCCAAGUUCCCCAAAGGAUUCCAACAGCUAGACCCGGAAGAGUGGUUGGCCCAGUAAUACCAUUUGAGAACUCGGCUGCUGUUGAUCCAUACAAUCAAAGAAGGGUGGCGAGGAAUCCAGUACUUCCUCCAGCCAACCUGUCGGCAUACACCUACCACCAAAAGUCGGACAACUCAGACAGAGAGCUCCAACAGGAGCUUGAAAAAGAUCGUAUGCAGUACCAGCCAACACAGCGUUUCAUGGAUGCCAAGGUUGUGCCACAGAUGUCUCCAGACUUGAGGUCUUCCUACUACAUACCGAAAGGUGUCCCGAAAGCUGAUGUCGCAGAAAGAGCUGCGUUGCAGUCUAGCAUGAUUCAGGGAAUCGCCCCUUUUAAUGGCAUUGCUGCCGUUGGAGGUGGAGGUGGCUACAACAAGGUCAAUGCUGUUCAAUAUGGAGCUUCUAGGAUGUAUUAGUUGCAUUGGCCAUCUCCCAAAUCCUCAGCUGAGUUUAAGUAAUAACACAUGGAAGAUCGAUAAGAUGUCAGGAUCAAAGAACUUCCUUAAUGGCUCUCUGAGCCAAAGAUUCAGACAAUGAAUCGAGGAUCUCUGAUCAAGGAGGGCGUGUGGUGUGAUGUCUGAUUGAAAAUAGAUUUUGGGAAAACAACAGUCAUCCUCCUGUCCAUUUGAUCCAGCUUGUCAAGAAAGGAAUGGCAUCAGUUAUUUGCUGCGGAAAUGAAAAGAUGAGGGGGCAUACAAGUUUACAGGGAAAUCUAUGUACUUUGUAUGAAAGGAAACAUCUGGUAAUAAAAGCACUGAGCUUCUGUAUAUACAAUGACUUGGUUUUAUAUAUUACUGCUGGAGACAGUCGCUUCUUUAAUUCAA